AUGCAGAUCGUACAUACCUAACGCUUAAGGCGGGCAGAGCCCCUUAAGCACCAUAACGGACGCACAGACCACCCUUGAACAGUCUUUAUAACUUGGUAUAUAGACCACACAAGAUGUCUCGCAAGAAUAAGGUUUCCUACUUCUAUGACAGCGAGUUCCAGGAAUUCUACUUUGGGCAGAACCACCCGAUGAAGCCACAUCGGCUAGCAAUGACGCACCACCUGGUCUUGGGCUAUGGUCUCCACAAGAAGAUGGAGAUAUUCCGGCCAAGGAAGGCACAUCCUGCGGAGCUUGCACAGUUUCACAGCGAGGAUUAUGUGGAGUUUCUGUCCAAGGUGACGCCGGACAGCGUCGCCAAGUUCACUGGGCAGCUGCGUCAGUACAACAUUAAUGACGACUGCCCCAUUUUCGACAACAUGUUCAAGUUUUGCCAAUUGUACGCUGGUGCGUCCAUAGAGGCAGCCGUCAAGCUCAACCACGGGCUCUCCGAUAUCGCCAUUAACUGGUCCGGGGGGCUUCACCACGCCAAGAAGGGCGAAGCAUCGGGCUUUUGCUACGUCAACGACUUGGUGCUGGCCAUCUUGGAGCUGCUGAAGUACCACGCCCGAGUGCUCUACAUUGACAUCGACAUCCACCACGGCGAUGGCGUGGAGGAGGCCUUCUACCUAACGGACAGGGUCAUGACGGUUUCCUUCCACAAAUACGGCGACUACUUCUUCCCGGGCACCGGCGACCUCACCGACACGGGGGAGCUCAACGGCAAGUACUACAGCCUCAACGUGCCCCUCAAGGACGGUACCAACGACGACACCUUCCACGCGCUCUUCAAGCCCAUCAUGCGGCGCGUUAUGGAGGUGUUCCAGCCGGGGGCCAUCGUCAUGCAGUGCGGCGCCGACUCGCUGGCUCACGACCGUCUGGGCUGCUUCAACAUGUCGGUGCGUGGGCACGGCGAGGCCAUCCGCUUCAUGAAGGAGUUUGGCGUGCCGCUGCUCAUCACGGGCGGCGGGGGCUACACCAAGCACAACGUGGCGCGCUGCUGGACGUACGAGACGGCCAUCCUGACGGACACGCAGGUUCCGGAGCAGCUGCCUCGCUCCGACUACCACGAGUACUUUGCGCCCGACUUCUCUCUCAACGUGUCCACCCACAAGGUGAUGGACGACAGCAACACCAAGGCCGACAUCGAGCGCAUCCGGCGGGAGGUGUUCGAGUACCUGCGCCACCUGCAGCAGGCGCCCGGGGUGCAGAUGCAGGAGGUGCCGCCCGACUUCAGGGUGCCCCGGUACAACUACGACGAGGAGCCGCUGGAGGAGCGCAUCGGCAAGUACGCGCGCGAGCACGUCAUCAUUCGCGACGAGGACGGCUUCGGAGAGGGCGGCGGCGGCGGCGGCCCGGGCACCGGCGGUGGCUACCAUGACCCGUAUGAGUGAAGAGGGGGCAGCAUGAUGGCUGCGCAGGGCAGAGGGUACACAGCCGCCGGGUGCACACUGCUGCUUUGCUUGGCUAUAUCCAGCGGCCAGCGCCCCGGUGCGCUUGUGUGCGUAGCGGAGGAAUCUAGGAGACGAAGAAGUGGACUCGCACGGGUUGUUGCCAGACAGACUGCAAGCAGCUCGUACUGCGUUCGUCUUGGCCGCGGCCCGCAUGCAGCAAGGCACAACAAGCUGCUGGCGAGCUGCGGUACUGGCAGCCCCGCCCUGGUCCUCUACCUUGAAGAGGUAGACGACGGGCCGCGGCACGAUGGCGUCACGGGGGCCACGCCCAGCUGCUGCCGCGCCGCAGCAGGACCGCACCCCUUGCGCCUCGUUCGUCCCCGGCAGCAGCGGUUGGCCCCGGCAGCAUGCUUGCGCUGCGCUGUCCACUGGGUGCUUGCCUCCGCACGGCGCGGUAGCGGUGUGGGAGCGGGAGGUUUGGCUGGCUGCAGCCUGUCUCAGUGUCCAUUGCUCCUCAGUUGCAGUUGGCCCAUGCAAGUGGUCCAUCGGUCCUCCUGUUACUUUUCCAGGGACAUGUCCUCAAGUCCGUUUGCUUAGGCGGGUGGCACACGCAGACUGGUCAUGCAAAGCUGCAUUGUCACUCGGUUGGCUCUUACAGGGCUGCUUACGGAAAUGAGUUGGUAAGACUGCGCCUGGUGUAGGGUGGAGAUAGCAGGUGCGGGCUCAUGACGCAUGGGCCACCUGGUUUUCCGAACUCGAUGCUUAUGUCGCCCAUGGCUUCCAGGUUGUGAUAGUUGAGACGUCUUGGAACCGCCUGCCAGCGCUCUCGCUAACGGGUUGAUUGUCCACGUGAUUCCCGGAUCCAAGGGUGUUGCAACGGAAAUUAAUAAUGAAGAAGUGGUGUCGGUAUCUGAAGUGAAGAAGAGGUGCCGUGUGUUAUCUGGGUUCAGAUGUGCGGCCGCGGACAUAUAACGAACAACGCUGCGACACCGUACGUAUGUUCGCUAUGCGUUUGGAACAUGUUGAUACGCCGGUUGGGUGUGCACGCCGUGGGAAUGCCUCUAUGCAAGCCCCGCACAUGGCAGGGUGUCGCGCCCCGUUACCGGUACGUGCAUUCUGCCGGCAGGCUUGGGUGCGGCCGUGGUGUAAGACCCGUGGUUCAGUCUCGUUGUGGCUGAGGUGAAUGCUUACCGUGGGGAGAACAAGUGGCUCUGUGCAUAUCGUGAGGUGUUGUGCUAUCACCUGUUCUAGGUGGGGUAACAGCAACGCACACGUUCUGGGCGUUGCUGUUACCUAGAAGAUGUGAGUGCAUUUGUAUCGCACAUGUGCCGUACUGUAGUCUUCCCUGUUAGGCAGCGGAGCGGCCGGCGCUCGGGCUCGGGCGCUGCGCACAGCUCGCAGAUACUGUAAAAGACAGUGCUCGGUCAUUUUUAACCACUUGUUGCGACCUUCUCGAGGAGUCGCCAGCUAGCCCGAGGGACCAGCUGUGACGCUGGAUUACCAAGCCGGUGUAUGGGCGUGACGGGUACCCAAAGGAGGGUUGAUGGUGUUGUGGCAAUUUUGGGAUUUCUGGAUAACUAGAAUCGAGGAUCCUGCUUGGGGCUUGUGCGCGAAGUUGGUGGGGAGAGAACGAGGGGAGGACCUCGAUGAAAGCGUGCAUAGGUCGGUGCAGGGUUGCAGGGUACGGCAAAAAUAACAAACAAUGGCCGUAAAUGUAAUUAUGGCGGCCUUGUAAGGGGAGCUUGAC